AUGACAAUGAACAAAAUAAGCCAGACACUGAACAGUCUACCAAAGCAAAUAACUAAGUCAAUUGAGAGUAUACCAAUUAACUAUAAUAUCAUGGUUAUGGGGGAAAGUAGCACAGGAAAAAGUUCGUUAAUUAGGGAUAUAUUUGGACUAGAUACAGCAGAAGGAAUUUCAGUUGAAUGGGAUGAUGACUUACUCCAUGAAAUUGGUGACAUGGCAUGCACUGCAAACCCACUGGCCCAACUAAUAAGCAUUCAUCCUUCAAAUUUGGAGAAAAACAAGACUACAAUCACAGCCACCAGAUAUACCCUGAAGGAGCAUGAAAUUAAAAUGAAAUUAACCGUAUAUGAAGUGGGUGGAAUUGGAGAUGCAGUGAAUAAUCUAUUCGAUUGGGUACCUGCAAAGAAUUUAAUCAUGAACAGAUACGAAGAAUAUCACAUGGAAGAAGACAAAGGCAUACUAGAUAAUGAUAAAAGGAUUCAUGUAUGCUUAUAUCUUGUUAAACCAACUGAUGUACUACGGGAGAUAGACAUAGUUACAAUGCAAGUACUAGGGGAAAUAGUCAAUGUUAUACCAAUUAUAUCUAAGGCAGAUAUGUUAUCAGAUGAAAAGUACAUAGAAAUGAAGGAAUAUAUGCUUUCUACACUUAUCUCCAAUAAAGUCCGUUUAUUUGACUCAAUAUUAGUUGAUGAGUGCAAAAAAGUCGUUGAGAUUAAUUUCAUGCCUUUAAGGUAUUCUUCGCCUAAUAGGGCAUAUUCAUAUGGGGAAUCAGUAGGUCAGGGUGUCAGUGACAUAAAAACAUUGCAGAAUCUUUUGAUAUCGCAGCAUCUUGUGGAUUUAAUCGAAGUAACUGACAAAUACUACGAGACAUACUACAGGGAGAAGAUGAUAAUUGAUAUUUUCAGACAGAAAAAUUCAAAGAUAAGUGAAGACUUCCAACGGAUGCUUGGCCUAGAAGAGAGCAAAAUAAAGAAGAUUUCAAAGAGAAUAGAGCAAAAACAAGCAAGUUAUCAGAUGCUUAUAGCACAGCAUAUAAGUACACUCCCAAAAGAGCUUUUAUAA